ACCUCGACCAAUGAUACACGGUAAUCGACCAAAACCAAAGGCAAACAGUCGAAGUAACGAACGAACAAGAAGUCGGCUGUGGCGGGUUGGAGCACUUCCUUUCGAUUUUUUUUGAAUACCCAUUCCGAGUCGCAUGUAAUGUCCGCGCAAACCCAUUACCAGGAUAGGAAAAUUAUCCAAAAUUAACGUCAAUUUUUUUUCGGUUAAUAUGAACAACUGGUUUACAAAUUAUCCGAAGAUACCGGGAUUUUUUCGAGAAUUUCAACCCGUGCGUAUGUUUGUUCGGUGCGAGUGAAUGCACCUACCUGCUGUGAUAUUAUUAUUUGUUUUAAAGUGAAAUAUCGUCUCAUUUAAGGAUAUACUUAGGGUAUUUAUUUUACAAUGAAGGGUAUCGUAAGACUGAAUCGCCUCCUGCCUAAAGCGUUAUCAUUAACAACGUUUCCACUAGUUUUAUUCGUGUUGRUUCUGGUCUCCUCUGCAAAGUCUGCCAAUUUGCCUUCACAGUUGCUUGAAGAUGAAGGAUCAUACGCGAAUGAAAUUAACGAUGCAGAUGUUCGUGUGGACUGCAACAGUGACGAAAUCGUAGUCAAUAUAGGCACAAGAACCGGUAGAUUCAAUGGCAUGAUUUAUCCGAGAGGAUUAUCGAAAAAUACGCACUGUCUUAGCGAAUGGGUACAACGGAAGGCUCCUAUCACUUACACACUGCCACUUAGAGGAUGUAACACCAUGAGCACAGAGCUGGAUGAUGGCGGCAUUGAAUAUUUCAAUACAAUAGUCGUUCAGCCACAUUUGAAAUUGGUGACCAACCAAGGCAAAGGAUUCCACAUCAGAUGCCGGUAUACGACCCGAAACAACACCGCUUAUAAUGAGGCCUUAAAAAUGGAUCCUACAACGUCUCCGGAAGAUCAUGUAACAGCAAUGGCAGCAAUGCCCGGAUGCAGCAUGAAGAUUUACACGGGCGAGCCAUCCGAUCAUCUUGUUGCGGAAAAUGUAAAAAUCGGCGAUCCUCUCAGUCUGGUUGUUUCGAUUGAUUCCCAGGACCUCUACGGAAUUCAAGUGGCAGACUGUGUAGUUAAAGACGGUCUUGGCUGGGGCGAACAGAAACUGAUCGACUCAGAAGGCUGCCCAACCGAUCAGGAGAUAAUGGGAAUGUUCAAGUAUUCCGAAGACAAUAAUCGGGCAGAGGUUCAUUUUAAGGCGCACAAGUUUCCUUAUAUUGCCUCCGUUUACUAUCAGUGCAACGUCAAGCUCUGCCUCAAAGCGAAUAAUGGAUGUGAAACUAAGCCUCCAGUUUGUGGAGGUUCGUCCGGAACCCGACCUCGACGUCAAGCAGGAUCGGAAAACGCAGACUCGGAAGGUACUCCAGCUACCAUUGAAGUAUACAGCGGCCUCUAUGUAAAUGAAGCUAACGACCUCGCCAAAGCUGGCCAAGAUGAUGACUCUGUCUUCAGCGAAAAGUAUCCCGAUGAUGCAAUCUGCAUAUCCCAAAGGAGUUUCGCAAUUGGAAUUUGCAUCGCCGGUUUAAUUCUUAUGCUGUGCGUGGUGGCCGCUAUUUUGUGUCUUUUGGCGAGACGACGAAAGAAAACUGUGUCGAAUCCUGGAAGUUCCAUUUACAGUGGACCAUACACUAACACCGCUUACAGUCACAGCAGCUAGAAGAUCAUCGAGUUAGAAUAGUGUUGCUCCUUUUUUAUUUGUGUUGAUGAGGGCGUUUACUUCCUACUUGCCAUAUACGAAAAAUCAACCACCUUCUUUCUUGAUCAAUGUAGUUUGCAAAAUUACUUUAGCAAAUACUAAUCAUCCUUAGAUAGAAACGUGCCAUCCAAGGCUUUCCAGUCAAAGUGCUCAUAUAUCAACUUAACUAUUUUAAUGAUUCCUGUUAUUUCUAGGUAAGAAAAUUGUCUCAUUGCUAUUUAGAGAAAAUUCACCAGAAAAAAACCAUUUUCUUACCACUGAUUAGCUUAGUAGACUUCAGGAGUUUUCUGCAAUAAUACUCUGGUAUUUAACAGGGUUCGGUGAUGGUAUAUUUAUGACAUAACAUAAGGAUGUAUCAACCUAAGAUCAAUCCCGACUUCUUCCUGUAGCUCAACUUUAGCAGUUCCAGAGAAGACAAAAAAUCCGGUUUGGUCUUUCGUUGAAAUGAACCGUAGUUUUAACCGCAAAUGGAUUUCGAAAUGUUUGUCCGAGUGAUCACAUUUCAAAUGCAUUUUAGAUCUUGAAUCACAGCGGCAUUGUUUAAUCACUAACAAUGUAAAUAUGCACUAUCGGAAAAUGCAGCUCUGGUUCUCGAUCACUCUAAUGUUAAGAGAGAAACGAUUUUAUACUUAACGGCGCUUUACUUAAAUUUGUAACUCCAACUGUAACAUCGAAGUAUAUACAUUAUUUAUACAU